AUUUCAAAUUCCAUUUCAAAAACUACCCUUCAACCGUCAUUAAUGGCCGCUUCCUUGCUCACGCUACUCUCUCCUUCACUCUGUGUGUUUGAAUUUAGCUGGAAAUGAGCAAAAGCACGAAUCGCGACGGUUUUCGAGGUGGCGUGUCGUUUUAUGUACUAUUUUUUCGCCGUUGCUGUCUGCGUAGUUUGAAUUCUCGAGAAAGAACAUGGAAAGAGCUCGGCACAGGAGAUCGAAAAGCAUUUCUGCCAUAGAAGGAACUCGGAAGGUGGAGCAACACAAAACAAAAUCAAGAAUAUCCACCGACUCUCGAUCUCAUAUUGAUAAAAGCAAUUGGGAUGACACGCAGGUAAUGCUUGAUUUCGGGCGGAGAUCUGUUGGACGAGUAACGGGAAUACCAAUGAAGAAGUUGCUGGCAGAAGAAAUGUCAAAGAAAGUUGAGUCAAAGAGACAAAAACCAAGUAUUAUUGCCAGAUUGAUGGGCCUUGAAGUGAUGCCACCACCAUGUCACAAUCGUAAACAGCAAAAACUGUCGCAGGGCACUCGGCAAAAGGGGAAUAUUGCUAACCUCCAAAAAGUUCGACCAGUGCAUGAUGGUCUAUUGAGCAAGAGAAGUUCAUUUGAUCAACAAGAAUUCAAGGAUGUUUAUGAAGAUCUGGAAGCAUCACAUCAUGUGAAUAGGCGUUGUUCUUCUAGGCGGCAUGAAAGUUCCAUUCAAGCAAAACCUGAAGUCUCACUCAUUGAGCCGGAAGUUUCUGACAUAGAGAAUUUCUCAGCAGAUGAAAACCUUCAGGAUUCAACAAUGUUGGAUGCUACUUCAGAGAUGGCGGACUCCAGCAAUGGCUUAUUGCUGAAAUUUCUCACGGAACCAGAUUACUUGCUUAUGAACCAUUUGCAUGAUCUGGAAGUUGAUUCUGGCAGUUCUCUUCUCAAUCAAAUGGCCGUUUUGAAGCCACUAAAUUCUGAGACAUAUGGAAGCAAGGCAAAACCCUGGAGACCUCGGGAAGAUACUUGGACAAAACACCAUGUUGUGAAACGUGAAGAUAAACUUUUGCUUGAAUCACUGAAUCGACGCAAAGCUCGUGCUUCUUGCCAGUUUUCAAGGUUUCAUAAAGAUGAGAUCAAAAAUCAAGUUCCUACAAAGGUAGUCCUUCUUAAGCCAAACCCGGGGAAGAUGAAGGCAUCUGGCUCAUCACUCAAUCCCCCACAUGGUUAUCCGCUCACCUGCAAGAAAGAUUCGCAUGGUGUUGGAUUCUCAAUACCCAUCUCUACAAAUGCAAGAGACAUAGCUAGGGAAAUAACAAUGAGGAUGAAAAAUGGUUUUGACGGGUCAGGGAAUGCCGACACCAUGUCUGUUGGGUUCAACGGAUAUGUAGGAGAUGAGAGCUCAUAUGAUGCCACUGAUAGUGAUUCUGAAAGUGAUUCACAACUGUAUAAACUACCAUCCAGCAAGUCCUUCAAUGGUGGUAGUUUGUGCAGAAAUCUAUCUCCUCGUCGAGGCGAAUCAUCUAUAAAUAAGGAAGCAAAGAAGCGACUGUCUGAGAGGUGGAAGAUGAGUAAAAACUAUCAGGAUUUAGAAAUGCAUAACAAGGGACAUACAUUACUUGAAAAACUGGCCUCACCUGACAGAAAAACAAGGGCAAGUCUUGGAGGCCCAAGCUAUAGAGUUGGUAACACUAGUAGCUCUGCAAAAUGGGAUGGUUCUUCAGGCACCAUCAGUCCUAGAGACGGGGAGAAGGAUAAACUAAUGAAAAAAAAUUCAAGAGCAAGAUCCCUCCCUCCCCUCAUUGCAGGGAGAAGUCCUUGCAGAAGCACCACUCGUGCUGAAUUGCCUGAAGAUCAACCAGUGAUCCACAGUAGGAGUAAGGCUGUCAAAGGAAAACUCAGUAAUAAAGAAUAUAGCACAAAUAGAGAUUCAAAAUCCAAGAGUAGGAAUCAUCAUUCAGAUCAACAUGUAUUCAUUAACAGGACAAGCUCAUAUUCAGAAGCCAGUUUUGAGAUUCAAAUGGAGGCGACCACAAAAGACUUAGCUGAAGAGCAUUCUAUCAUUCAUAUGGCUGCAGGGGAAGAAGACAUGCUUCAAAGUUGGGCAUCCGAUGUAAUGAUGAUUGCUGAAUCUGAAAGCUUGAAUUCGAACUUGAAUGUAGACGAUGAAAAGUUUCGUACUGAUGACUUGGAGAACUCCCCGCUUCAGGAACUUCCCAAGGAACUACCUGAACAAUGUUCCCCUUUCUCACAACGCUUAGGAACUGAGCCAGCUCCUUCUGAUAGCUCCAAGGACGCCGAUAAUAGCAGUCCUGUUUCAGUCCUCGAUGACCCUUUUACCACUGAAGAUAUACCGUCUUAUGAAAGUUUUGAAAGAGUCAGUGAUGAACUUCAUGAGCUCCGAAUUCAACUGCAGCUCCUCAAAUCAGAGUCCGGCGAAUGCAGCGAUGCCUCGACCAAUAUCUUUCCCAUUGAGGAACAAACCACACAAUCCUCUUCAGUUGCCUUUGAUGGAAAUCCAGCACCGGGAGCUAAAGGCUGGGAAAUUCCUUACACCGUAGAUGUGCUAAUCAGUGCAGGUCUUCAAGAUCUCGAAUUCAACAUGCUUAGAACAGCAUGGCACUCCCCAGACUGCCCCUUGGACCCUGACUUGUUCGACGCCCUCGAGAAAAAAUACAAGAAUGACACAGGUGAAAUGAGGUCAGAAAGAAGACUGCUCUACGACAGAAUAAAUUCAGCCCUGUUGGAGAUCUUCGACGAAGAGGUCGACAAGCUGUGCCACUGGGGGAUGCCUAAGCUAGGAAUGAGUUUAAAGAGGAAAGGAGUUGGAGUUGUUUUGGAGAAAAUAAUGAAGAAGGUGGAAUGUGCAGCAAAGUUGGAGGACAUAUCAAUUGUGCAGCAGCAGCAGUGGGAAGAAUCAAGAGAAUGCAAUGGAGAAAUUGAGGUAAUAACAAUAGGUAAUGAAAUUGAGGAUAUGUUGAUUGAUGAGAUUGUUACACAGUUUGUGGAUUACUUGCACUAAAUGAAAGAUGAGUAGUUUUAUUAGGUGGUUCACAUGAAACAAGUUAUAAAAAUUUUAAAAA